AUGGCUUCCUCGUGGUCUGCGUGGCCGACGGGGGCAGCCUCCUGGCCGUCCUGGCCUACGCCCAAGGCGCAGGCGCUGGCGCGAGCCGCAGCGAAGGCAUCCUCUCAGGUGCCGCGAACCCCAUCCAGACUUCGGGCGAACGAGGCCCCCAAUCGGCGUGCAGAUGACGUGGAGCCGGCGCGGCCUCCAACGCUGCCGAAGUAUUUGGGCAGCAGAUGUGAGCAGUUUUAG